CAGCACGCCAUGGCUAGGCGAAUUGCCGACAUUGAGAACGAGGUCGUCAGGGUCUGUUACAAAGUGAACUCCGGCUGUAACCAAGAUCUCUGUAAUUAGAAUUGAAGCACACUUUGAAGCAAUUGGAGUGACGAUGAGGUGUUCCUCGCUCGGGCGGUUGAUUCCUCGCAGGUAUGUUAGUAAUCAUGAUGCUUGUAGCCAAGUGCUAAGUGAGCAUGUCACCUCUUAGACCAUACCCCGCACUGGCUUUACUACCAAGCCAAAGAUUCUCUGUGAGAAUGUCUUCAAACAUCUCAGAAGACUCCAAAGGGGGCAUUGUAGAGCGUCUCGGCAACUUUGAAGAGAUACAAUCCAAGCGCCCAGACUUUGACCACUCGAAUGCCCCCAUCGAGGUCACAAAGUCUCCCGAUCCGACUUGGUCUUACGGUCAGGGAGUGCGCACCCGAAAUAGCAUGUCCGCAACGCAUAAGGAGAUUGACCCAUACGCAUCCGACCGAUCAAUGAUCAAUAACUACCGCCUUCUCGUCUCCGGCAUCGCACCGAGGCCGGUGGGCUUCCUGAGUACCUUGUCAAAGGACGGCAAGAAGAACCUUGCCCCUUUCAGCUAUUUCCAAGUCAUUGAUCAUGAUCCACCCAUGUUUAUAGUCGGCUUUUCAUCAAGACCCGGCGCUGUCAAGGACUCCUACCGAAAUCUGAAGGAAACGGGUGAAUGUGUCAUCAACACGGUGUCGGAAGACAUGAUUGAGGCUGUGAAUGCAACAUCCAUUGACGCUCCUCACGCAGUCUCUGAGUGGGACAUUUCUGGGCUACAUGAGGGGGAGACUACGACGGUGAAGCCAUCGAGAGUUCUGGAGUCGGUAUUCUCGAUAGAGGCAAAGGUAGUAGAUAUCAAAGAAUUUAGUGACCAUGCUAAAGACGGAAAGAGUGUGGCCGGCAUGGUUUUGCUCAAGGCGACGCGGUUCUGGGUGAUGGAGGAUACAGUUAAUUCAGACUUCAGUCACAUUGAGCUAGAAAAGUUGCGUCCUAUCGGUCAGCUAGGAGGAAAAUCAUACGGGCGCAUCACGUCAACUUUUGAGGUGCCUCGUAGAAGAUGGCAAGAUGAAGAGCCGAAAAGCGAUUUUCUUCAGAAACUAGAUAAGUCAGCCUCCAAAUAAUAGAAAGAUGUGUACGGAUAGUCACGCUACGGUUAGAUUCCACAUGCAAUCAACUGUUUCUCGGCGUCGGGUAAUCAAUGUCUUCUAACAUGGUCGGUUGCGAUAUUGAUUGAAACCUUGACUGCAUGUGCC